AUGGAUUGCAUUAUGCCAUCUUCCUGUUCUUCAUAUCCUCGAGCUGUCAUACGCCCAAUUUCGGGGUUAACGUGUUGCGAAAGAGGUAUCCGAUGUAUUUUUUCUUCAUUUUCUGCGUCGUACUCUCGACCAACGAUGUUUGUCUCUGUUCCUCCCUUUAUUUUUUCCUGUACUCCUGUCCGUCUUUUUAUGCUCAUGUUGCUUCCGUUCAUUUUUCUCUUUCCCUCAUAUCUCAAACUUGCUUAUGCUGACACUUUCUUCGGGCCAACAAUUACCAAAUGCUCAACGGCGUAUCCGGAGUGGGCAGUGUUGGGCCCGGUAAAAUCAGAAGUCUAUCUUCCGCUGUCGAAGAACUCGACAAGCUGCCCUGGACGAACCUCAGUCUCGAGACGUCAGAAGAAAAAGAGCCCCGACCCGGCGAUCGCGGAUAACGUGAAAAGCUCAGAGGCGACUCGCACCCCCUUGCUUUCCUCGUAG